UGGUCUUCAGAGGUAAACGUGUGCAUCAGGAAUGUACACACUUGGGAAACACUCUUUCCGAGCUAUUGGAUUGGUCGAGAUGGUCUGGCACCUCUCCAUGAAAUCCAGAAGAUAAGCAGAUUACGUGGCUCAGACGAAGGCCACUGCUCUGUCUCUGUCUCGCUGCUCACCCAAACAUCUAACAUUCGCCUGGCAUGGAAAAAGAACCAUGAAUGAGGAAUGUGAACACCUGAGAACCAGAGUGAAGCUCAGGUCAUCAUGGAGGAGAGCAAAAAUACCUCACCUAAUCUGAUUACGAGGGGCCUCUGGAAAUAACCCUCUCCCUAUGCUCCUAUUCUGCCCCGCUGACCGAACAUCUCCAACCCUUCUGAGACCCUCUGCCCUCAUUUCUCUGAUAAAAUGGCAGUCUUAAAGGUGACCUUCACAAAGAGGAGUCUAGACAAGCUGGCCCAGGCUCUGUGUGUCCUCAACUGGGUCUCUGUGAUUACAGGCCUCGUGCUCUUCAGCUUGGGCCUUUUCUUAAAGCUGGAGAUCCAGAAACGACGAGAGCUCAUGACCGACGAGAUCCAUUCGGUGCCAGACAUGCUGAUCGGCGUCGGCCUGGCCGCCUGCGGAAUCAACUUCCUGGGCGUGAAGAUCUGCUCCGAGUGUGUGGAUGCUGACAAGUUCCUGCACUGGAAGCUCCUCAUGCUCCUGUACAUCGUCUGCAUGUUCUUCUUCACCUUCUGCAUCCUGGUUGGAGCUCUGAUGUGCUACAGCAUGCGCAGGGACCUGGAAGCCACUCUGUUUCUGGGGCUGCAGGACGCCAUGCGCCUCUACAAGGACACGGAUACGCCGGGGCGAUGCUACAUCAAACAGAACAUCGAUCUCCUGCAGAUCCAGUUCCAGUGCUGUGGAAACGAUGGGUUUAGAGACUGGUUCCACAUCCAGUGGGUCAGUAACCGGUACCUGGACAUGAGCAGCAGUGAAGUGAUGGAGCGGCAGAGGAGCAACGUGGAUGGGAAGUAUCUCCUGGAUGGAGUGCCGUUCAGCUGCUGUAAUCUGUGCUCCCCUCGGCCCUGCAUCCAGCACCACAUCACCAACAGCUCUGCACACUACAACUACAACUAUCAGAGCGAGGAACUGAACCUGAACCAGAGGGGCUGCAGACACGCCUUGCUGGAUUACUACACCCACAUCAUGCAGUCCAUCGGCUUCAUCGUCCUCAUCAUCUGGCUCUUCGAGCUGGCUGUUCUCACAGGAGUCCGUUACCUGCAGACAUCUAUGGAGAACAUGCUGAAGAUAGGAACUCCUGACUCUGAGUCUGAAGGCUGGCUUCUGGAGAACAGCAUCACAGAGACAGCUCGCUACAACUUCAACAUCAUCAAGAACCUGGGAAAGUGCUACCAGGUGGACGACGAUCCCAACAUCGACGUCCCGAGCAGCAGCGGGAACGUCUCUUGAUCAGUGGUGAGCUCAUGAUGUCCUAGAAAAGCUUCAUCAUCUGAGGUUCUACGGUGAAAAGUCACCUGGUGCCAUACUGACUGGUUGCCAAGACGGAGUGGAGAAAUGAAUGAAAACUUGGAUUUUGUUGCAUAAUGUGUGUAAAAAAAUGUAAAACCAGUAACCGCCUUGUGAAACAUUCCGAAAUGUGUUGUUUUUUUAUCAUGUCCUAAAUGAACAAAGUUAGAAGCUCCGAUCUUCUGCUCUUGAAAACAAAAAUAAACCACCUUUACCUUCUA